AGACUGCAGGGGAUCGCAGUGGGUGGCAGAGCCGAGGUGUGGGGAGCCGACUGGAGUCAGGGCUGCUGCUGUGAGGGGAUGCACAGGGACGGCAAUGCCCAUCACACAGGACAACGCAGGGGUCUUCCUCCCCCUCCUGUGCCAGUGGCUGCAGAACAGUUGUCGCGAAGGGGCUGAGGGUGCAGAGCAGCAGCUCUGCCGCUCAGCUGUCCAGAAGCUGAGGGAGUACAUCCAGCUCAACUUCUCUGUGGAUGAGAGCAAACUGCAGCCAGGGAGCUGCGGGACUUCAGAUACUGAGAUCUGCACCAUGUACCUGGCCCAGGAAAUGCAAAAAAAUGAGGUUCUUGGGUUGAGCUUUGGGAACAUCCCUGCUCUGGGGGACUAUGGGGAGAAGCGUCGGGGAGGGAAGAAGAGGAAGGGACAUAAGGGGCCAGUGCUCGACGUUGGGUGCAUCUGGGUGACAGACUUGAAGAAAAACAGCCCUGCCGGCAAGUGCGGGAGAGUGCGCCUGAAAGACGAGAUACUUUCUCUGAACGGACAGCUGAUGGUCGGCGUGGACGUUACUGGUGCAAGUUACCUGGCCGAGCAGUGCUGGAAUGGCGGCUUCGUCUACCUGAUCAUGUUGCGCCGCAUCAAGCGCAAAGCCCCUCUUCCUCCCUCCAACGGCAACAACAGCAACAGCUGUGACCCCAAAGCCAAGCCCAGUCCUGAACCCAGCGACAGAGCUGCUCAGAAUGGGAAAAGGACCAGAAAGUUUGGCGUCAUCACCAGAACACCGGGCAGCAAGGACGGCAAAGAAAAGCUGGCCUUGGAGCAUGGGAAUGGGCACUGCACUCCAAUGGAAGUAGAAGUUGCUCAGCCAGAGACGUCCGAAACAGAAAGUAAUGGGGAAGAGCAGCUCCAGGGUACCAGGGGACAGUACCUGUGCCGGCUGUCAGAUGGUGGUGUGCCAGAUCUUGGUGACCAGUCUGCCCUGCGAGAAGGUUGCCGCAUAUGGAAGAUGCACAUCCUGAAGGGGACAGAUGGGCUUGGAAUCCAGAUAACAGGAGGCAGAGGAUCAAAGCGGUCCCCUCACAGCAUCAUCAUCACCCACGUGGAAGAAGGUGGCUCUGCACACAGGGACGGCAGGCUGACAGCAGGUGAUGAGCUCCUCAUGAUCAAUGGGCAGUCACUGGUUGGGCUUUCCCACCAAGACGCUGUGGCUCUCCUUCGCUCAGCUGCUGGUCUGGUGCAGCUGGUGGUCGCAAGCAAGGAAUCUGCUGAAGGGGAUUUUCUGAAGUACCCAUCUACCAGUUUGCCAGACUUGCUUAGCACAUGCUCAGUCCAAGACUCUGGCUCUUGCACUGACAAUAAGGAAAAUGAAGAACCAGAAGACGACGUGAAAGGAGUGAAAGUGUCUCCUGAAAAACUGGUCACUAUGAUGGAAACAGAGAAGUCUCAAGAUGCAGCUUGUACAGAAAUGUCCAAAGGAAACAACCAGAACCCAACCCAGGGAAGUGGCAUACUGAAAUACAGAAGUCGAUCCCAAGGUGCUGCAUCCCGGUUGGAGUCUGUGGGAGAAGAUGAUGAGCUGACGGUGGAAAACGGCGAAUCACAUUAUGAAAUAGCAGUGAAGUACUCCCGGGGUGGAAGGAAGCACUCUCUGCCCCAGCAGCUGGAGUCAGCGGGAGCCAGGCAGGACUACCACAUCGUGAAGAAAUCCACCCGUUCCUUCAGUGCUGCCCAGGUGGAAUCUCCAUGGAGGCUGACCCAGCCAUCCAUCAUUUCCAACAUUGUCCUGAUGAAGGGGCAAGGCAAGGGGCUUGGAUUCAGCAUCGUGGGAGGUCAGGAUUCUGCUCGUGGGCGCAUGGGAAUUUUUGUGAAGACUAUAUUCCCGAAUGGAGCAGCAGCUGCUGAUGGAAGACUUAAAGAAGGAGAUGAGAUCCUAGAAGUUAAUGGAGAGUCUCUACAAGGACUGACCCAUCAGGAGGCGAUUCAGAGGUUUAAGCAACUCAAGAAAGGUGUGGUGACACUGACGGUGCGCACUCGACUGCGCAGCCCAAGCCUCACACCUUGUGUGACUCCCACCUUGCUGAGCCGCUCCAGCUCCCCUAGCUCCAGUGCUAGUGGAGGUUUGCUGGUCCCUGGCCCUGACGAGACAGACAGUUCCUCUUCUAGCCGUAAAGGACCUGGCCCGAAGGACAGGAUUGUCAUGGAUGUAACACUCAAUAAAGAGCCAGGGGUUGGGCUCGGCAUUGGUGCCUGUUGUCUUACACUGGAAAACAGUUCUCCAGGGAUAUAUAUUCACAGCCUGGCCCCAGGAUCAGUGGCCAAAAUGGAUGGCAGAUUAAGUCGAGGUGACCAGAUCCUGGAGGCAGAUUCAGUGAGUCUGCGUCAUGCAGCAUUAAGUGAAGCCUACGCCAUCCUGAGUGAAUGUGGUCCAGGUCCAGUCAGCCUAAUCAUUAGUCGGCAUCCUAACCCGAAGGUUUCGGAGCAGGAGAUGGACGAAGCAAUUGCACGUACUACCCACCGAGAGAGCAAGGAUGCCAGCUCUUCUCACAUCACAGGAGCCAUGCAAAAAAGUCCAUCUCCUAGUGUGAAGGCCAAGCAAGGAGAGACCUCAUCUCCCCUCAGCUGGACCAUGAAGCGAUUCCUGGAGCCAGCAAGCCGGCAGGGAUCUGUCAGCUCUGAGGCAGAGCUUUCCCAGUACUUCUCACACGAUGGUACGAGCCAGCUCCCGUUUUCUGACGCUGUAACCAGCUCCUGUGAUGAAGAGCAGCUCCGUCAGAAGAACAGAAAUGCUUUUUUGGAUGAUGGCUCUCUUUUUCCUGGCAACCUGACUGCUAGAGAAGCAGGGGUGGCAAAAGCAAAUGGCCUGGCUUCUUCAGCUAGUGGGAGAUCGUCCAGCCUUCACAACAAGCAUGUGGAGUCUGUCCGACCUGGCAUCCUCAGCGACAGCCCCAAAUCUAGCCGCAGCCCCUUUCAUCGACAGAGAAGGGUUGUUUUCUAUGAUGGUGAUGUUAGUGAUGAUGAUGAGAAUUCUCACUUGCAAAGAAGCCUCAGCGCCAAGAGCCAGGAGGAUGCUGGCAUUGUCGUUACAACCUCGUCUGUAGAAAUUGACGAUGAGAGCCAGGACAGUGAGUCGCCUAGAUACAGUGGCACAGAGACAUCUUCCCCUGUCUUCAGCAACAGUGUGGAGUCAGCAGACAGCACGCUGGAGCAAAUUGACUCUCCUUUCUUCCCCAUCAUAGCAUUUGAUUACUCAAGUGUGCCCGAAGUUCGUCUUGGCAGCCUGAGUUUGAAGGAGCUCCGAGAAGCACAACUCGAAUCCAAGAGGUCACCAAAACUUGAGCACAGAGCAGUCACAAGAGUGAAAAGCAUGAUGAGCACUGAGUGCCGAAGUCUUCAGAAGCAGAGGGCAGAAGAGCAUGGCUCUUACAACAAGCCUAUUGCGAGAACACUUCCUCACAGCAAGAAGUGUGAACCGCUUGAUGGGACCGGGCAGGGCCAGGGUGAAACAGUCACUCUGGUUCGCAAUGAGCACGAGUCAUUUGGCCUGGAUUUGGAAAUACAGGCCAUGCCCUUAAAGGUUGUUGUCACAGGGCUGCGGCCAGGUGGAGCAGCAGAAAUGGGAUCAAUGGGCAAGAUGGCUGUAGGAGAUGAGAUUACCACCAUCAACAGUAUUCCAGUCAGUAAGAUGACGUAUGAGGAAAUCUGCUUGCUUAUGCAGUGUCUCCCCACAUCUGUCACCCUGGAGAUCCAGAAAGCAGCACCAGCUGUCAGCAGAUUUACAAACCUCAUCCUGUCUCCAGGGGUAGACAGUCAAAACCAGGCCGAUGCCAACAGUAUCCUCGCAACCGAUGAAGAACCGAGUCCUGAGAAGAGAGAAGGAGCGGGUCCGCAGAGUGCUGGUGGUGCCUGCGCGGUGGAGAGAGCAACACUGCCACCUGAUGCCACAAGCAGAGACGUGCGAAGAGGUACCACGAAAAGCAGCCGUGCCGGGGACUGCGCCGCCAUCCCGGUCACUGAUAUCGACGACUUGCUCAGCCAGAUGGGUGCUCCUGAGAGCAGGGCUCCGCGCACCCCAUCGCGAGCAGAAAGCCCCCUCCGAGAUGAAUACACCACCAUGUGCUGCUGCGGGACUGACGAAGGCUGCCCUGGAUCUGAGCCACGGCCAGCCAAGGAGGAGCCGACGGAAAAAACUGUGAGUUGUGGACCUAAUGCACAAGGAGUUUUGAGGCUGUCUGUGUUGGACUCCAUUAACACGGGCAAGCUUUUUACUGUGAAUAAAAACUCUUUAAAUAACUAUUCUCGGAAUUUCAGCAGCUUAAAUGAGGAUGAGUUGCCUGCCUCAGACUGUCUGGAAGGUAAAAAAAGCGACCAGUUUCCAAAGUCGAUGUAUGGUGCUGCAGAAGAUUCUCACUCAGAUGCAGAGUCUGUGACAGAAACCCUUGAUAAUGCUAAUGAGGCGUUGCUUGGGCCAUGCACUUCUGCAAAUGCCCUUUCAGCCUGUGCUGUAACAGAAUCAGAUGAGGAGCAAAUUGAGAUUUGUUGUGUGAACGAUGAGCCACAAAAGCCCACACAGGAGCAGCAUCUCACACCUGCCACAAGCUCAUCCUCUCUGUCCAAGCUGCGCUCUUACAGUGGCAAAGUUUUGCAAACUGAAGGCUGUGCAAUGUAUGGGUCCCUGGAGACAAGCAUCAACAAACUAGGUUUGGAAGAUUACGGGCGUGCCUCUCCAUGUCCCUCACAGUGCUCAGAUGUGUCCUCUGCACCCUUGUGUACUCCAUCCUCGGUUUUCCUGCCAGAGAAAGACAUCCUGAAGAAUUCAGUCAGUACCCCUGAAGUUUACUCUUUCUGUAACAAUGGUGCCUUAAGUACAGAAGAACGAGUGGGAUUGGGGAACAGUAAUGGACACACAAAAUGCUGUGAAUCCAGUGAAGAGGAAGGGUCUCUGCACUGCAAAAAGAUAAGCUUUUUCUCUGCUAGAAAUGGCAAUGGCUUGGAGAGCAACUUGCUUGGGAAAGAAGGAUGUCAUGAUGAGCAGACAUCCAAAUCUGAAAGUGAAGCAGUUGUUGAUGACUGUAAUCAUGCUGUUAGCUACUGCUUAGUGAAGAAAGAAAACAACAGUUUGUCAAGCUGCUGUAAAACAGACAGCAAUAAUGUGAAUGCAUCAUCAUCAUCAAGAGCAAUAUCACUCAGGUCUCCCUUUCCUACUAGAUCUAAAGAUCCAAAGGCUAAUUCAAGUCAUGACUUGCCAGGGAAAAAUGAGAAAAAUAACUCUGUAACUUCAGGAAGGACUUCAAAUGGAAAAGUCCAAAGCUCAGGCACAAAUCACUGCAAAGGAGCUGCCGUACCGCACAGUCCAUCCUCACAGAAGAAAUCCUGCCAGGAGUCUAAGGGAAUGGCACAAAAGAGUAUAAUGGACACCCUUUUAAAUAAUCAGAAAUCCAAAGUAGGACCAAAGCUAAAAGGGUUCACCAUCAAAAGCAAGGCAAAGUCAAAUUCAGACUCUUCUGGCACUAUCCCUACAAAAGUCAGUGGGGCUGAUCAGAAAAGGGCUUUUGUUUCUCCACAGCUGUCCCCCAAACUUCUGGGAAAGAAAACGCCGUUGUCCCGUAAUUCACCUACAAAUCCAGAACCUGGCAAGAACUUUUCAGCAGCCUCAAGGACUCCAAAGUCAGAGCUGGAAGAUAAAACAUCUUUGACAGUUUCUGAAGACUCAAUUCUGCCUCUCUUAAAUGGCACCAGCAGCCCAACAGCAAGUGAUGAAAUGAAAUGUGGUUGUGGGGAGCUAACAGAUCUGCAGGAGGCAUGGGGAAAGGCCAAAGAAAAGCAAGUUUCCAUGCAGCCUGUGGUGUGUCCAGGUAAGAGUGCUAAGGUGGAUGACUGCAGAGCUAGAGAUGGUCAGUCCCAAGUCACUUCAUCUCCACAUGGGCUACCAAAAGUUGAAUAUAUGAAGGGGCGGAUUGAGAACCCUGGAACAGGCCUGGAUGCAGUCAAGAGCAUCUAUACUGCAGAUGACAGUCAGCAAUUAGAUCUGCACAGCAUAGGACCAUCUGCUGGAGGCUCUUCUUCAUUGAGGUCCCCCUUGGUUCAGCAGGAUCAGCUGGAAGGGCAGGAGAUCCAACGCACUUUCAUUGAGGUAAAGCUUUCCUCCUCAUCAUCCUCUUCCUCCGCUUCUUCCUCACCAGCAUCAUUUUUGCAGCUGCCAUUGCUCGAGAAAACAGAAGAGGUGAGCACAGAAGUGCCUCAGAUGGCCGAGGAGAUGGGGACCGUGCAGUGUUUUUCAAAGCCAAAUGCUCCUGGAGACAGAAAUCUCUGUGGCUUGUCAAAACCUGUGACGAGGACUUACUCAAUGCCAGCACAGUUAGCAGGUCACGUGAGGGAGGGCUGCCACAUUGCGGAGGUUCAUCCUGUGCGAGGUCCCCAGAGCCAUGCUGCAGAGGAGAGAUACCCCCAAGCAGUGACAGGGGUGUUGAAGAUGGUCCAUCUGAAUCUGCCAAAUGGCCAGAGUGGGAAGGAGCAGACAUACACCUCCAAAAGCACACACAAAGUCCAUGACAACACCUCCUCAUCCCAUGAUGUUAGCUGCCCUGCCACCAAUAAACUGAGGAGCUUCAGGAGGAAUUAUUACUACUAUGAGCUGAACUGGCCGCAUGAACCUACCUCAUCCUUCUCUGUCAAGCAGAGGAUAAAAUCCUUUGAAAACUUAGCCAAUUUUGACCGUCCCAUCGUGAAGGCCAUCGAUAUACAUUCAGCUGCGAGGUCCCCCCUUGCCAGGAGGUCGUGUGGUGGAAUGCCUUCUGCAGCCAGCCCCACCGAGACGCCACGGGCUUUGCGGCGGAGCCUGAGUUCCUAUGGUGGCAGCUCGAGCCCAGCCAGUGCCGUGGCCAAGUCUCUCAUCAGCACAGAGCCCAAGCGUGUGGCAGAGGACCGCAGAGGGGAGGGAAAGCCCCAGAGGAGCGAGGAGGGCAGCACUGGGGCAGAUGCGCCUGCCUUUCCCCCCUCAGCCUCGCAGGCACGCCGCAGCCGGGGCCUGGGGCGUCCACUGCUGUCCCGCUCCCGGCUGCGGGAGCUGAGAGCCCUCAGCAUGCCCGACCUGGACAAGUUAUGUGGAGAGGGCUUCUCGGGACCACUGCAGCCCACGUGUUUCAAGACAGAACUGGAAAUCACACCUCGCAGAACCCUCGACAUGCCCACCCAGAGAGACACAGCCCUGCCAACCCGCUGCAACCCUGCUGAGGCGAGUGGGAUGGCAGUGGGCAACAGCAGCCCUCGGAACAGUGGCUCAGGGACACCAGUGUCUGCCUCAGAUGACGAUGUGCCCCAUGGCAGCUCUCCAGAUGGGGAGUGCUCAGGAAACAGCUGGUCCAUCAGCUUGGAUCAGCUUCUCAUCUCAAGCCUGGACCAGCAAAAACUGCAGUCUGUUUUGUCAGCAGUAGUACCAAAAUGUGAUGUUGAUGCUAUGCUGCAAGAAGUCAAAGCACAAGUAAAGAAUAAAGAAGACACGUACUUUGUAGUCUUACACAAAGAAGAAGGAGCUGGCCUGGGAUUUAGUGUUGCUGGAGGAAUAGAUUUGGAACAGAAAUCAGUCACAGUUCACAGAGUGUUUUCCAAGGGAGUGGCAUCUCAAGAAGGCACUAUUCAGCGAGGAGAUCUUGUUCUGUCAAUCAAUGGCAAGUCUCUUGCAAGUUCAGUCCAUGGGGAUGUUCUGAACACUCUUCAUCAGGCAAGACUCUACAAAUAUGCAGUCAUUGUCAUCCAGAAGGAAAAGGACAAAGCAAAUAAUUCCUCCAGACUUGAGAUACCAGCUACUGGCAGAAAAUGUGUGGGGUCUGGAAAAAAUGUUUCCAUGGAGAUAGGAACAGAUCCAAACCUGGAUAUGAAUGAUGUCAUCUGCGUUGAAUUAUUGAAAACCUCUGCUGGCUUGGGAUUCAGUCUUGAUGGUGGGAAAGCUUCCAUUGCUGGAGACAGGCCCUUACUUGUAAAAAGAAUAUUUAAAGGUGGUGCUGCAGAGCAGUCUGGAGACAUAGAAACUGGAGACGAAAUUCUUGCUGUUAGUGGAAAGUCAUUACUUGGCCUCAUGCAUUACGAUGCCUGGAACAUUAUCAAAUCUGUGCCAGAGGGCCCUGUUCAGCUGCUGAUCAGAAAACACAGAACUUCAGUAUGAUGGAAGCACUACAUCAAAUCACACUUGCUAAGACAAAACGUGUAAAAAUUGGCUACAAGCUAUCUUUGUUUCUAAAGUCACACAAAAGUGUCUUAAUGUUCUACAGAGAGGUGCUAAGAGCCUUGAAGAACCACUGGGCAAGCAUGUGAUGAGCAUCAUAAAAUCUUACUUAAUUAUUGGGGAUAAAAAAAGCCAAAUGUUAAAGACAUUUUUGUAUCACGUGGCAAUUUUAAUGGAUCUUCAAGACUUCUCCUGGGUUUGAUUUAAACUAUUUUGACUGAGACACUGUGCCUGUCCCUGAUUAUUUUUAGUGUCUGCAGAGCGCUGGGAUUAUAAAUUGUUGGUUGCCAUCCUGUUGACAAGGAUGAGUAUUUAGACUGUACUAUAUUACUUAGUUGUAAUAAGACUUUAGGACAACUUGCUUAGGGUCUGAUCUUUUUUUUGUUGCUGUUGUAAUAAGAGAAUGUCUGGAACAAUCUCACUUUAUUCUUCUAAGUGCAGUUUUGCUAAAAAAUGUGUGAGAAAUGUGUAAUUUUGCACAAGUUUUAUGCCUAAAACAUGAGCAGUUUGUUGCAAAUCUGAAAAAAUCCUCUGAUUAAACUGAUGAACUGACUCAGCAUCCACCAUAACUGAAGCUGCCCUUAGAUGCAACUUAAAUCUGAAAGCACUUGGCAUUAAUGCAAAUGGAAAUCUAUGAGCAAGAAAAUGGUAUCCAAAUAAUAGUUAAUUGUCCACCCAGGGGUAGACUGAGUUGUUAGUUAUGAUUAAAAUGGGAGCGAUAAAAAUUGGGGUCCAGAUCUUCAAAUUUAGGCUUCUAAUAUUAGGCACCUUAAAAAAAAAAACAAACACAAAAAACACAUAUAUAUAUAUUUUUAAAGAAGGAUAAUUUCAAGUGCUGAGCACUUGCAGAGCCUACAGACUUCAGCGACUACUAAGUACGUCUGAAAGCUGGGCUGCUUUUAUUUGGCUACAAGAGGUUUUUUAGGCUGCCUGGCUUGAAAUACUCAAGCUGGAAAACAGUGGUCUGACAACGGGGAUUACAACAGAUUAAAUCUGAACAGGCCAUACUUGUGGUGGCUUUUAAUUGCUCUUUUUUGUUUUCUCCUGGUUGCUUGUGUGAGAGUGGGUGAGGAUGUGUGUGAAAGAUACAAGUAUGCCCAGCUGCAUCAGCAAUGGGUUGACGCUGAGGGUUCUGGAUGAUGAAACUGAAACCUGUAUAGAUGGGAGAAACCAUGGUCAUAGAUACAGCAACAUUCAAAGGGGUGUAGUGCUGCAGGCACUUAGUUUGGAUUUUCUCACCUCUACUCACAGUAGAGGUAUCAGGAGCUGGCCAUGCUGCUGAGUGUUGUUUAUAAUCUGCUGUGUUGCGAGGAGAGUGUAUGGGUGCAAGAGAUUAGACUCUGUUGUUUCUCUUCAUACAUCGAGGAUAGCUAAACAACAUAAAAGAGAUACAGGAGGAAGAGGGCCUGUGUCCUUAUCAGCUGAGAACAAGCUGUUUGUUCCAGAGUGCCCAGGUUGUUCAUCACGUUAGACUGGAAGCUGCUUGCAGGCAACACGCCCAGGGUGAAGAGCUCUCAGCCUGGAACCAGUCCAAAUCUGAAGUGCUGCCUGUGUUUAUAGUGAGCUAACACAUUGCGUAGCUAUUACAAAAAGGUCUGAGCUUGUCACUUGGUGCUACUCCAAGAUAGCACUGUAGUUCAGUUGAUUCACAUUUAUUCCACAGUGCUUGGAGCAAUUGUGCCCAGGUUAGCGGAGUGCUCACUUUGGUUCAUUUCUGUGACAGUUUCAUUAGACUGCAGCUCAUAGCGUGCAGAGGAAUAUUCAGUUCUGCAAAGGCAACUGAAGACCAGGUGAGCAGAAAAACUGUGCAAGGUUUGCCUAAAAGUUAGAAUAGAUUUCAUUCUUUUUUUUAGUGACAUAUUAGCAUGUGAGGCUGGGGAGAGUCACAUCUUUUUGGCUACAGGAAAGGCAAUACUUUACAUAGUCCUGCAGCUGUUUUGCCUGCAGGAUUUCUGCUGAAAAAAAUUCAGGUUCAGUGCUGUGAACUGACUGUGGAGUUGGGUCCUCUGUGACCCCAAAGCUCAGCCGCUCUGUCAGGACCAGUCCUUGCCUCCAGUCACCUCAGUGGUGGGAGAGUCUUCAGGAGAAUGCAGCACUUGUGAUCAGAGGACCCCACUAAAGUUGCAGGCCUGUGCUGGAAUAAAAGAGGUUACCCCUGCAUAUUUGCUGAAAAGCAUGGAGAAGACAUUUGGCAAUGACAAUUAAAUGGUGAAGCCUUGUUCAGGAAUGACCAAAAUCUGACCGUAACAGUGUGUAUAAUAGGUACAUAAAAUGCAUGUGGAGUUUAAUGCAGCGUAGUGAAUACAUACCUGUAUGCGUAUAGUAUGUACAAGUGCAGUACUGACUUUCUGCUGCUUCAAUGUGGUAAAUCACAGUCGUGUUUUAGGAGAUGGCAUUUUUGUUCAGUCCAGUUUAAAAUUUUGGAGGUGCCAGUGCAGGGGGGGCAUGUAUCUCCCUCGCUUCUAAACCGGUAUGAGCUCAAAGGUUAAAGUCUUCAUUUUGUAAAUUUAAGUUUAAUUUGAAGUGUCUUGAGAUGAUAGGUGGUGAAUAUUUUCAGACACUUAACUUGCAGGUACUGUUCAUUGUGAGUGAUUUAGAAGGCUUUAAUUUUUCAGUAAUCAGAUACUGUUGAGUAUUUUGUUUUACAUGCACGUAGAUAUGUGUUGGAUGAGUAACAGCAAAGAGAGGCGGGGAUUUUUUGUGCGUGAUUCAGUAGUGGCUAUAAUUUAAGAGAUAGGUUUAAUGUUUUAAAUCUGAUAGUUGCUAUGGGUAGAAUGAUACACUACUAACAUUACAGAAAGAAGUAUUUAACCCUGAUCGUUUCUGUACCUGAAAAUACUCUCUUAUUUUUUUUUGGUGAAAGAACAGGAAACACUUCUGUUGAUGCUGCCGGUGUUGUUGUGAUUACAGUAGCAUUUCUUGAUGUCUCUGCUGGGGUGACAUUCCCCAUAAAAGCCCCAGGAUUUAUGCAGUGUAGGUGUCUGCUUUAUUACAGGAUGGGUAGACCAAACAGAUGUAGUGAACCUUUGGUUAUGCACCUGGAAAGUAUAUGUUGUUUUCCUGAGAGCCUGGCUGCACGAAAAUGACAGAGGGCAUUGCAUUAGUCCAUCAGAAUUCAGUAGUUGUGCAAGUAAGUUUGGCCUGUCAGUCCCCAUGGUGAUUCUUUGCCAAGCUGGAUGGUUGACCAAGCUCUAGGAGUGCAGUGACUCUCCAGAGGCUUGCAGCUGCAUCUCGAAAGAACAAGAAAAUCAAGAUGAAAUUACGCACUUGGUCUGUAAGUUGUCACUGGGGACCUGAAGGCAUUCCAUAUAAGGUGAAAUUGUUCAUAGAUGGAGAAGGUCUGGUGAAGGGUUUUGUUGCUUCCAGGCCUGGAGCACCACCGGGGUGCACAUCCUGAAUAUGAGAGUGGCCUCUGAAUAUGAGAGUGCAGCCUUUUGUACUGGGAAGCUCUUUCCAGCUUCUGUGGGGACUGCAUCUGUAUUAAAAACUGUGAGAUUAGGCCUAAAGUAGGGAGGGAGCAACAUGGUAUUCUUUUCUUGCUAAAAAUAAUGAAGGUAGAUAAAUAUUAAGAAACUGUUGAGUGAUAAAUAUCUUCUAAUGACUCUCACUUAAAAUUAACCCUGGUUAAUGUUCUGCAGUGGUUCUUGUGAAAAUCUGAAGGAACUGUUCCCAGGUGGGAAUGUUAACCUGCUUCUACAUUUAGGGUAUGUAAAUGUACAAGUGAAAAUAUUGAUGAAGAGUAGACUAGAUCAUGUGAGUAAUGGGGAUCCCACUUCAAGUAGGUUUUGUGUGUUAUGCUGAUACACUUAUUGUAUGAUACUGUAUAUUUACACUUUUAUUUAUAUAAAUAAAACUUCUUUUAAUGAAAACUCUUUAAUAUGCCUUGUAUAUUAAGAAAAGGUGAGUGCAAUAACAUGAAAUAGCUUGUACAUUUUCCAAUUUGCUGUCUCUGUUAUGUAAAUCUGUAUUGCCAUAAACUGUUUUUGUUUGGGUUUUUUAGUGAUUUUGAAAAUAAAUGGUAUCCUUAGUA